GUGCCAAUGUGGUUCUCUUCUUGUCUUGUUUACUGCUUAGUUCGUUACGCUUAACAGACGUAACACUAAAAUUAUUUUAGGUCUAGAUAUAUAGAUCUAGAUCUAGAUCUAUUAUUUGUACUGCUCGUUUUUUUUAAUAAGUAAAUCUUGCAGCAUCUACAGUGUAAAUUGUAAAGUUGAGUCGUCACAUUACACAGAGUCAGAUUAAAAAUGUCUGAACAUUCAAAUACACCACCCCCACCCUACCCUGGAAGCCCAGAAGAAAAAGGUAAUCAAGGAUACCCACCCACUGAUGGAUAUUAUCCCCCUCCACAGCAGCCUGAGUAUUAUCCACCUCAAGGAGGCUACGCACCCCCUCAAGCAGGCUACCCACCCCUUCUAGCAAGCUACCCACCCCCACAAGGUGACUACCCACCCCCACAAGGUGGCUAUCCACCACCUCCAGGCUACCCACCCCUUCAAGCAGGCUACCCACCCCCUCAAGCAGGCUACCCCCCGUACACCCCCCCUCAAGCCAAGACAGCUACUGUGGUGAUAAAUGAGCCUCGCUUGACCCUGAUUAAGAAAUUUGGCCCUGCCACUGAACGUUGCAUGUGUCCACACUGUAAAGCCGAUGUUUUGACUGCCAUUCACUACGAGCCGGGGCCAUUUUCAUGGGUCGUCUGUUUUAUCCUCUGCAUAGUCGGGUGUGAUCUGGGCUGCUGUUUAAUACCUUUGUGUGUUGAGGGCUGUCAGGAUGUCAUUCAUACCUGUCCUAACUGUCACCAGAAGAUUGGUAGAUGGAAGCGUUAACAGUUCAGAUGUAAAACGUCUUUCAUUCAAAUGUGCUAGCAGGUUGUAGGAUAAAUGUGCUUUACUGUAAACAACUUAAUACAUGUGUUUAUCUAAACUUUUGGCACCUGUAUUAUAUUAUUGUAAACAAGUUAAUAGAUGUAGGUAUCUAAAAUUUUGGCAUUCCUGCCGUAUUACUUAAACAAAAUAAUAGAUUUAUCAAUCUAAACAUUUAUUACCUGUAUCAGUUUACUGUAAACAACUUAAUAGAUGUAUUUAUCUAGAAUUUUGACCCUUGUAUCCUAUUAUUGUAAACAACUUAAUAGAUGUAUGUUUAAACUUUUGUAACAUUCUGUAGCUAUUUUGUUUAAGCAGUUAAAUUAGAUGUUGUCUAUAACUUAAGUCUAGAUUGAUAUAUGUGAAUUUAAAUUUUUGAGAAAGUUUGGAUUACUAUAGAUCAGCUAAAAAACUAAAACAAAAUCUAUUGAUUAUUUUGCUAGAAAGUUUCUCAGGAUUUGUCUUGUACAGAUGUGGCAUGGGCUGUUGUCUGAUCCCAGUUUAGGUGGACAACUGCAAGGACGUGAUUCACACCUGUCUUACUUGCCAGCAGUAGAUUGUAAAGAAGGGCUAAGAAUAUAAACUAAGACUUUGCCAGUUUGGCUGUUGUUUUUUUUUCACCAGCAGAUUGUAAAGAAGGUUAAUGAAUAUAAACUAAGACUUUGCCAGUUUGGCUGUUUUUUUUUUUUCACCAGCAGAUUGGAAAGAAGGUUGAUGAAUACAAAGACUUUGCCAGUUUGGCUGUUUUUUUUAGCAGCAGAUUGUAAAGAAGGUCUAUGAAUAUAAACUAAGACUUUGCCAGUUUGGCUGGUAUUUUUUCACCAGCAGAUUGUAAAGAAGGUCUUAUGAAUUCAAAGACUAUGCCAGUUUGGCUGUGUUUUGUUUAUGAGCUCAGUUUCUCUGACCUCCAUGAAUGAUGGGCUUAAUAGUGUCAUACAGACUCCAGCCUGUCACCCAAAAUUAUUGCCAGGUGGACUAGAAUGUCUAUGCCAGUUUCAAUAGUUUUGCUUCCAUUCUUUUCUUAACAUGCUAUACACAUGUUGUUUAUUAAUGCUUACACCAUAUUUAAAAAAAAAUAAUUUAUUCCUGGGGAGGGAUAUUUGUUCAGGUAAUAUCCUGAAUAAGUGAUAAAACUUAGCUCUCUGAAUUGUAUUUUUUACAUCAGAGAUGGAAUCUGAUAUUUUUACUGUAUUUUUCUCAAUACUCAAUUCUCUUGCCUGCGCUGCUGUGAUUAUCUCUUGCACAGCUCCUUGUCAUUGUCUUACUGUGAGCUUCAACUGUCAUUGUAGCUUUGUGGUUCUGGCAUAAACUCAUAUCUUGCUGUAUACUGCACAUCAGGUGAAUUUCUCUGGCUGUCUUACCAGGUGAUUGGCUACCAAUGGCUGCAGAAUUUUACAACUAGUCUGGUCAUGCUUGAAAUUUUCUUGUUAUGAAAAAUGUGGAUUACUUUUGUGUUAAUAAUUGUAGAAUUUAAAAUGUUUCACCUAAAUUAUUACUUGUGAUGUAUGUUUUACUAAAUAAAUGUAUCAGAACUAAAUUUUAAAGCAGGAUCUUUACUCUAGAGGUACUGCCAACCCUUAGGAUAACCUAACCUAACUUAACCAUAUAAUCCAUCAGAAAAUUUUUUUUUUUCUUUGUAGCAAGAAAUAUCUUUUUAAAACUUUUAAAAUCUUGUAAGCUGAACAAAAUUAACAUUAGAGUUCUUGUGAUUUUACUUGAUGUGUCUGUUGAUUAGUUCUUUUGUUAAACUCAGUUAUAAAAUUAUUAAAUAUAGGUAUCUCUACAGAAUACUUUCAGAAUCUCUUGAUUUCCUAAUUUAAUAACAGGUUCAAAAAGAUUGUUUUAACAUUUUUAUGCUAAGUACAAUAUUUAUUUAGACUUUAUACCUUAAAAGAAAUAUGAUAACGUUUAUCACAGGAUUGCCUAGUCUUUUAAUCAGUCUGUGAUUCCUAGCUAGCUUUUGUGGAGUUGCUACUAUUGCUGUUUAUGUGUUAGUCUCUGUUGCUAUGUGGUACCUGUGCUAGUUUUUAUCUUGUAAUUCAUACAAGUAUACACUUUUAUAAGUCCAACAAAUUUAAGACAUUUAAUGGCAUUUUUUUCCCACUCAUUUUAUUUCCAUGUAAAACAGACAGAAAGUACUUGAAAGCUAAUGUCUGUUCAAAUUAUAUUUUUUUACCUUGUUAAAUGAUUUAUAAACAUUUUACAAUUCUUUCAAUUUACAAUUUAUUAUUAGUAUCUGUUCAAUUUAAAUGUUGUUACACAUCAUUAAUAAACCUUUGUUUUACUGGUUUAAACAUGUAAUUAGGGAUAAUUUGCUGUUUUUAUUCCUCC